AAUCAAAGCAAAAUAAUCGGCUUAAAUUUACAAUAAUUACAGCUCCUUAUUAUCGCUAACUUUCAGCAUCACUCACAAUUAAUUUACCGUCUGAAUUCCAUAACAAACAUUAGAUUACUAUCUUGAUUCUGCGACGCUCGAGUUUAUGCUCUGUUUUGUGACAGUUAAAGUUAAUAUUUCAAUAAUUAUGUGAUCGUUUGUUUGUUUUAGUGCACGUAGGUAUAUACUCGUAAGACAGUGUGGAAACGGCAGUGUCUUUUGCGUGUUGUUUGUUUAUAUGACUCUCCGCUCUAGCAAUGGUGUUUACAAUAACUAAAAAUGUGAAUAUUUCAGAAGAAGAUCGUGGUUGUCUUCUUAAGCAGUAUGCGUUAUCUUUUAUAGUGAGCCUACCAUUCUUCACCAAUGGCGUGGAGAGUCUUAACCUCACAAUUUCAAGCCACGCGGGUCACUUCACCACACCUGAAGAAAUACCUUGGACGCCUAUGGGACUCAUACUUGGAACUAUCGUCAGCGCACUAAUGUACAGUUAUGUUAUUGACAGGUGGGGAAGAAGAUUGGGUAUUUUCGUAGUUGUAUUGUUGCAAGGGGUUUCAUGUAUACCACUUCUGAUACCACCAAAUGACAUAGCCUACAUAAUCCUUCACGUCUUAUCGGGGAUCUCAACCGCUGGUCUUUUCAUAUGCAUACCAGUUUACAUACGAGAGACAUGUGAUGUUAAGUGUCGUGGAGCCAUGAUGUCUAUAAUGGUGUUGAUGACCACAGCAGGGUAUCUGAUGAGGCUGGCGCUUGAUGCUGAUAGUAGACUGUAUUUGAUAGCUGGUGUGGUUUUUGUGCAGUUUGUUUCCUUAUUCAUGAUGGUAGAGUCUCCAGCUUAUUUGGUCAAGGUUGGGAAGAUUCAAGCGGCACAAACAAGUAUGGGCAAGUUAAAAUGUCUAUCUGAAAACGAUACCUACAUCGUUAGCCAAAUAACACUUCUGAAGGAGGAAAGUGAACAUGCCAAGCCAAAUGGAGUCUUACGCUGGUAUAAGAUAUUUAAAAAUCAAAUUUGGCGUGGCGAGAUAAAAAUAGGUAUUAUGCUUUUCACAACAAUAAUUCUUAGUGGAUGCAUUAUAUUCCUUGAUCAAGACAAGGUUUUGAUUCAGCUGAAGACCUCUACCGACCUUGAAAACAUAUUGGUGCCUAUUUGUUUGUUUAUGGGGGCGCUAGUUUGCGUAAUUCUAGUAAGGAUAUUUGAGAGAAAAUAUCUUCUAACAUUUGCCUUAUCAGUAAUGGUGUUAGCGAUGGGCACCCUAGCGGUGUUCACGCAAGCUGAUCUGACUGUGACAUCAUUGAGAUGGUUGCCAGUUGCUGCAUUGGGAGUGCUCGUAUUUGGAUAUGGAGUUGCAUGGGGCCUACCUAUCAUAAUUAUGGUAGAGAUGCUGAAUUUAGAGAUCCGGACCACAGUUUUAGCAAUGGUGUACACAUACUCUCAAAUCUUAAGGCUCGCUCACGUAUACACGUUCAAAUACAUAGAAGAUUACGUGGGCAUUUACACGUUGCUAUAUAUUUUCGCCUGCAUCAACUUAUUUGGAGCAGUGUACACAAUUUCCAAUGUACCAGAUAUAAAGGAUAAAAGCGUGAGACAAAUAGAAAGACAGCUGAAGAAGAUUCCUAUUAUAAAAUAAAUUGAAUUAACAUUUA